GAUCUGUUUGAAAUUCGAACAAUGCUGAAUGCGACUCAAGAUUAAACGACGAACAUCGAUAAAAUAGAUUACUCGGGCAAAGACAAUAUAGCCUAGAUUCUUUUCUCCUGUAGACUGCAGAACUAGAAGUAGCGACCCCGGGAAAGGGAAAGUUAGUUCGCUCUUCCUCAUAGCAACGAAGAACGCACAACAAAGUACUUGCGCUAUGGCAAAUGCGCCAUUGAAAGAGAUAUUUUCAGAUGUUACUCUCACUGUAGAUACAGACACUUUCAAAGAGCCUAACAGAGUGAAGUACAUUCUCUCUGAAUAUGAUGUCGCCGUUGCAAAAGCCUCACAUUACGAAGUGCAGGGAUCAUUUGAGGAAAUGGAGGACCUGUUUGUGAAGAUGUCAAGUCUAGACAGAUCUGCUGCCCCCGCUCUCAGAGACAGUCCUCUUCCUCACCAACGGCGUCCUCAGUCACCUACUCCAGUGAAACCAGUGGAGGUAGUUGGGGCCGUUUGGGACUUUAUCCAACAGAGAUGCUCAAAGGAGUUGAAGAGAAUCGAAGGGGAAGACAUCUCAAUUCAUAAACCUCAUGACAAAAUGGUGGUGACCUUUCAAAGCCACAGAAAAGAUCCGGUUCGGGCUCACUUCGCCAGAGAGCGCUUUGUCACGUUCUAUCAGAGACUCGCCACAGAUCUGCAAGUGAAGACUUACAGUUUGGAUCCACAAUACUACAAAAGCUUGCAGAGACAUUUUCCAGAACUUUUGAUUGAAGGAAGCCCCAGUAAAGACGAAGUUACAGUGACAGGGCGCUACAUGCAUAUGGUGAUAUUGGAGGAUUUUCUAUGGCGCGGUUCCAGUUCCGCCGUGACAUCACAACGACCCCUGACACCCCAGAGAGUUAGCGCCUCUGGUGCUACACGAAACAAGCAGUCAGACAAAGGAGAAGAAGAGUCGUGUCCGAUUUGUCUGGACACCAUUAACGAUAAAUACAAGGAGACGUUGGAAUGUAAACACUCGUUCUGUAGAAGCUGUCUGGCGCAGGCGUUCAAGACCAAACCUGUCUGUCCAACCUGUGGGGCAGUCUAUGGGCAAUUGAAGGGGACGCAACCAAAGGGCGGUACUAUGACUGUCACUAAGGAAAGGUCUUCUUUGUCUGGAUAUGAGAAUUAUGGAACAAUCGUGAUUCAGUACCUCAUUCCAAGUGGAACACAGAAGGAGGAGCAUCCCAACCCAGGUCAGACUUACCAGGGUGCAUCACGUACAGCGUAUCUCCCAGACUCCUCGGAGGGCAGGAAUGUUCUGGCGCUCCUGAAGAGGGCCUUCGACCAGCGACUCACGUUCACUGUUGGCCGAUCUUCCACCACAGGCGUGGAAAACGUCGUCACGUGGAACGAUAUCCACCACAAAACCUCAAAAUACGGAGGCACCAGUUGCUAUGGUUACCCUGACCCUGACUACCUGAGCCGUGUACAGGAUGAACUGAAGGUCAAAGGAAUCUAUUGACAUCUCUUCUGCAUGUCUCACGACUACCGAUAUUUUUUAUUUUAUUUAUUUAUUGAACCUUUAUUUAACUAGGCAAGUCAGUUAAGAACAAUGACGGCUUACACCGGCCAAUCCCGGACGACGCUGGGCCAAUUGUGCGCCGCCCUAUGGGACUUGGUUGUGAUACAGCCUGGAAUCGAACC